GAAGCAACGUUUGUUCAGUUUGCGUAUGGAGGAAGGUACGCCUCUCAGGAAUCAUCUAGAUCAACUCAAUGUCAUCUUGUUAGAUCUGCGGAAUAUUGAUGUUAAAGUAGAUGAUGAGGAUGCUGCCUUAAUUCUGUUGAUAUCUUUGCCACAGUCAUAUGAGAAUUUUGUGGAUUCUUUUAUUGUUGGGAAAGAUAGGUUGUCUUUGGAAGAUGUCAGAUCUGCUCUACAUACUAGAGAGGUUCGACAUAAGGCGUCUGGUUCUGGUUCGGAAAAUCAAGCAUCUGGGUUGGCUGCUACGAGUAGUAGGAGACAACAAUAUGGUAAUAAGAAGGCGAAUACAAAUUCGAAUUCUGCUGGUUUGAAAGAUGAUAUAUGUCAUUACUGCAAGGAGAAAGGACAUUGGAAAUUUGAUUGUCCUAAACUGAAGAAAUAUCAGGAGAAGAAGGAAUCAUCUGCUGCUGUGGCGGAAGAAACUAACUCUGAUUCUGAAGAUGGUUUAGCCUUAGCAGUGAAUGAACAGGUACAUCAUCAGGAUGUGUGGUAUUUAGAUACUGCAGCUGAUUAUCAUAUGUGUCCAAGCAGAGAGUGUUUUUCAACUUCUGAGCAGAUAGAUGGAGGACAUGUUUCUAUGGCCAAUGGUGCUAUCUGUAAGAUUGUUGGAAGAGGCUCCGUCAGGAUGAGGACACAUGAUGGUUCUGUUCGCACCUUGAACAAUGUUAGACAUAUUCCAGAGAUGACUAAGAAUCUGAUAUCUUUGAGUCUACUAGACAGCAAGGGUUUCAGUUUCAAAGGUGAAGGUGGAGUGUUGUCUUUCUACAAGGGUUCUAAGGUGAUUUUGAAAGGUGCCAAGCGGGGUGCCUUGUAUAAUCUACAAGAAUCUGUCUUGACAUGUUCUGUUGGUGAUAAGUGCACCAAGCUGGUUCCGAAUGACAAGUCUCAACAUGGGUUGGAUUUGCCGAAUGGUUUGAGUUGUUGACCGCCCUUAGGGGCAUCUGGAGGCAGGGGAGAUUCUGGUACAGUUGAUUUGGAGAAGUUUAGUACGUCUGACAAUUUUGAUUGCAUCUGAGUUUGGCGAUUUUGCAUCGCGUUUGAGUUUGGCGGUUUCGAUCGCAUUUGGAUACGUUUGGCGAUACGUAUCGCGUUUGGGUACAUCUGGAAACUUUGGUUGCGUCUAGUACAUCUGGUAUUUGAGAGAGAAUUCAAGUCAAGGUGGAGAUUGUUAGAAUAUGACUUGAAUUUGAUUUGGGUUUGUUUUGUGUUUUAGGCCUAUUCUGUUUGGGUUUGGGAUUAGGUUUUGUUUGACCUUUUCCUUGUAUGUUUGGGAAAAGGUGUUUGGUUUUCUGUUUGGGAUUAGGAGAAGAGUUCUAUAAAUACUCUUUAUCACCCUAGUUUGUAGUAAAGGUCAGUCAGGUUA